UAAUUAUCAUAAUCAUAUGCUCUGUGACAGAAAAUGAGCAAGGUCAAAAGCCAUUAAUCAGAAUUAAGGGUUAUAUGAUUGGCAACGCUAUAACAGGCGAAAAGGCAGAUAAGAACUCUCGAGUAGCUCAUGCAUACAGAUUAGGAAUUAUUUCUGAAGAACUUUAUGAGCUUAUUCAGACGAACUGCGUGGGUGAGGAUUACCUGCAGCCUCAGGGUGUGGUUUGUAAAACACAUCUCCAAGUUUUUAAUGAGAUUCUAUCAGAAAUUAAUGUUUUUGGUAUAUUGGAACCCCUAUGUUUUGAUGAACCUUCAGGGGAGCUGUUACACCUUCACAGAUCACUAGAAGAGAACUCACCAGAUUUCCUCUUCCAAUCUUCGCCUGAUAAUAAUUGUAUAACUCCAGAUCUUCUUGCUAAUUACUGGGGAAACAAUCAACUUGUAAGAAAUGUCCUACAGAUUAAGGAGGUGCGACUCAUCUUCUUAUUUAUUGAUAAGAACAGUGCUGGUUAAUUGGUAGUUUCGACA